AUGGCCUAUCACAUCUUCCGCACCGCCAGCGACGGCGACAAGUUCUCCGCCCCUUUGUCACAGCUCUGCUCCCGGCUCCGUGGCCUCGCGUGGACGAUCUCUACGUUUCUCUCCCUCGUGCUUUCGUCGCCCGCGCCUACCUCCUACGACACCGACAAAGGCCAGGUGUCCGUUCAGGUCGGAGGGGACGAGAUCCGCAAGAGGGAGGUCGGAGAAGAGGCACGCGGGCUCAUCGAGAGCGAAGGCUACCCUAUCGGUCCUCCUCCGGCCAUGUUCGAACAGUAUUUGCACUUCCGUCUUAAAUUCCUGGGUCGGGACUAG